CUGAAGUCCACCCAGGAAGCGUUUUGCUGAAUACUUUCAGUUGCCAUCGAGAUAUCAUGAUGAGAUAGCAGUAAUGUGAUAGUUCUGUGUAAUACAAUAUGCCAGUUUUUAGAAAAAACUAAACACAUUUCGUAACGUUAAUCCUGAGGUUUUUUUCUGAGUUUGUUUUCAUGGCAUAGUUAGACAAAUAGUAAUGUGUAUCGUCAACCUUGUUGCAGAAUGGAUCAAUAGUAUAUGCAGAAUAGAUGCAGCAUAAGCGUUGUUUUGGACCAUCUGUUGUCUAAUCCAACAACUGUGUGGUUUAAUUUAUCACUGAACUAACCCCAGCAGUAAACUCAUUUUAAAUAAUGUCGAAACUAGUGGGCACUGUGGGGGUCUCUGUGUUGGGCGACAAAUCUUUGGAGUUUUACCGAGAUCCAGUGGCUUUUUGUGAACAACGUAUUGAAAAGCAUGGGACACGGAUAUUUCAAUCAAGACUUCUGAACAAACCAACUUCAUUCGUCUGUUCGGUGGAAGGGAUGAAGGAAUUACUUUGCGAGAAGUCAUCUGUGUUCCUGAAAGACCCCACUGAUGUAAUGCACAACAUGUAUGGAGACAACAUAGUGACUGCUAAUGGCGAGGAAGCCUGCUUGCUGCGUCUGUCUCUCACCAACCUUUUCACAGGAAAGUGUCUGGCCUCAGGCUCUGACCUCAUUAACAGUGUUUCUGAACGGUGCUUGAAGAACCUUUCUGCAACUGGGGAGCCUGUGUCGGUGUACCCUCUGUUUAAACGACUGGGAACAGAACUGGUGUUGGGGCUGUUCCUGAAUGUGAACCCAGAUGAGACACCAGAGCUUUUCCAGGAAAUUACAGCCCUCUGUACCCUACAUUGGCAUGGGAUCAUCUCAACUCCAAUCAGUGUGAAGGUUCCUCUGUGGUCCUCUGGCUUUUGCACAGCGCUGGAGGCUAAAGACAAGCUCAUGGACAUCAUUAAAGACAAGCUGGAGUGUCAGAGACAGGGGUUUGUAGGUUAUCUCCGUGAUCUACCUCUCCCUGAUGCCAGUUGUGCCUCCCAGCAUCUGCUGUUGUUCAUCUCUGCUCUGAUCCCCAAAGCCCUGGCAUCCUUACUCACCUCCUUCACCCUGGUUCUGAGUGGCGCAGGCAAGAAGGAAAUUAGGAAUCGUGCGAGGGCAGACCCGGAUUACCUUUACUACGUCCUCCUGGAAGUACAGAGACUUUGGCCUCCGUUCAUUGGUGGAAGGAGAAUAGCCAAUCAAGACACUACUCUGGGAGGCUUCCACAUUCCCAAGGCUUACGCUGCCAUGUACAUCAGCCACGCCGUCCACCGCGACCCGGAAGUGUUCCACCAGCCAGAGGACUUCCUGCCAGAGAGGUGGUGUGGAAGAAACGCAGGACAGGAGCACCUCCUCUGCAGCCUAGGCAAUGGCCCCAGGAACUGCAUCGGAGUCCAGCUGAACAACGUCUUUCUCAAGGCAGCGUGUGGGUACCUGCUCCAGCACUAUGAUUGGGACCUGAGCCCCUACUCACAGGACCUCCAGUACAAAUGGUUGCCUGUGUCCCGGCCCACUGUCCCUCCAAUGGUGAGCUUCACUGAGCUGGAGCUGGAGAGCAGUGCCACAGACCUGCCUGAUGGUCCACCCUAAAGACCAAAGCAUGGACACUGAGAGGCAGGUGGAUAGGACGAGGAGAGGCCCCGCUGUAGCAGUGGUCCUAAUGGUCUCUCAAGGACACCAGUAUGUGCAGAUCUUAGUUAUUACCCGUCACUCGAUCUUCCUGAUUUAAAGAUAAUGUUGAUAUGGAUCACUGUUCACAUCUUGAUACUGUAUAUUGUCCAACUGUGUCAAACAAUACAGUUUGUCUGUGAUCUGUACACCGAGGAAUUUAAAACGUACUACCCUCUCCACUACUGUCCCAUCGAUGUGGAUAGGGGGGUGCUCCCUCUGCUGUUUCCUGAAGUCCACAAUCAUCUCCUUAGUUUUGUUGACGUUGAGUGUGAGGUUAUUUUCCUGACACCACACUCCGAGGGCCCUCACCUCCUCCGUGUAGGCCGUCUCGUCGUUGUUGGUAAAAUUUAGUCGUGGUCAGCUUUUCCCGAAAGGAGGGCGGGGUAGGGCCUUAUAUGCGUCGCAGAAGUUAGAAUAGCAAUGAUCUAAGGUUUUACCAGCCCUGGUUGCACAAUCGAUAAGUGAAAUAUUCUGUAUGUAAACAAUUGUUGGAAAAGUUACUUGUGUCAUGCACAAAGUAGAUUUCCUAACCAACUUGGAAAAAGUAUAGUUUGUUAACAAGAAAUUUGUGGAGUGGUUGAAAAACUAGUUUUAAUGACUCCAACCUAAGUGUAUGUAACCUUCCUACUUCAACUGUAUCUCUGUUCUUGAGUCCGCCUCGUAGGGGACUGUUUCCUGACUACUGCCGAGGUGUGGUGGUCUUUCUAGCGCUUUUAGCUGCCGAAGCAUCACCCAGGCAGAGCCUGUUUCAGGCAUAAGUUACAUAAGCUGUCACUUAGGGCCCCUGGCCACUAGGAGGCCCCUGACCUCAAUUAGCCAUGUCAGCGAACACUUUUUUUAUUGGUAAGUUAGUUUAGCGAGUUUUCUAAACUAGUAGUAGGCUAAUCAUGGCCGAAUACCGACUGGGAAAGCAGGGCACAUGCCCAGUGGCCUUGACUUCCAUUGGGCCCCCAUUGAUUGAUCUCUGAAGCUAAAUUAGUAGAAUUGCAUGAAAUUUGUUAUAAAAUAUUUAAAAUGUCUCUCCAAGCCCCAUGGCAAAAUGUGUAGAACUGCAGGAAGAGAGGGGGAACACAAAUUUUUUUUUGCAGGCUUGGUGGGGCGGCCCCGCCACCCAAAUCUCGAUUAGAGCCCCCAAAAGGCUAGAUCUGGCCCUGUACCCAGGUAUGUGCUACACUUCAGAAGCACACAGCUACCCGAUGAAGAGCUCCGGGCAUGUCUAAAUAACUGUCGCUGUUCCCUCUGUGUCAUCGGAGCUUUCUCCGCUAAAUCUACUGCCCAGCCUUUCUGAACUUCCUGGCUGAACAACACAUUAUCAUCUGAAGCUGUGGAAGAACAUUGCCCAAGACCUACCAGAUCAUUUGUUUUGUUUGUUUUUUAUUCAUCUUUGAGAUUCUCUUUGUAAUGAAAAGCACUAUAUAAAAUAAAUUAUGCUGAUUUUUUUUUAUUGUCAAGUUGCUGCAAAUGAUUGCAAUAUAGGUACAUACUGCAGCCUAAAUUAGAUGAUGUUGCCCUAUUUUAAGAUCGUUGUUGUUUAUAUGUGUGUUUAUUUAACCUUGGGAAAAAACUACUGUAUCACACUUUGGAUGCUUUAGGACUGUCUCUAUCACUGCACCGUUAUCCUGUCAUAUGACAGGGGUUUUAACAGUUCUGCAGCACCAGAAGUCAAGGAAUGCCCUCAGAUUUCAGCAUUGCACCAAGGGCUCCUGAAAUGUUCCCCCUCUCACUCUCACUUAGCAACCAGAAGUGCUUAGCAACGGUUCGUCCUAGCUACUCAGAGGAACCUAGCCCAUGCUAUUGUCUGGCUGCUUAUUAUCAUGCAGCUCUCACCCUCACACAGACAGACAUCUUCACAUUAAACCUUUUGUUUAAUAUAUCGGAGGGAACGGAAAUAUCUUAUGAAUGGCAAUGAAGUGCAAGCUGUUUUAGGUGAAUGUGAAUAUGAAUAUGUCAAUGGAUAUCUCAUAAUGUACAUGUUUUCUGAUGUAUUUUUUCUGUUCAAUAGUUACUCUGAAAUGAUAGCCAUUCUAGACUACUCUUAAAGGUUCAAUAUUAGCACUGUAUAAUAUAUUUGAAUCCAUCUUUAUUAAAGAUUAUGAUAAACUGUGAAAAGAUGAUUAUGUAUCUGAUCAUUACGAUAGUAAUUGAGCUAUUUUUUCAUUAGACAGAUUGUGAUAAUAUAAAUCAUAUCUUAUUUCUUCAGGUCAUGUAAUAUCCUCUGUAUUACCUGGAAACACAAUUCCAUCAGAUGUCAUACUUAAAAAUAAAAAAAAUGUAAUGUUCA